AUAGGUAGAUAUAUAUACUUAAUUGCAUGAUGAUUAAUUCGCCUGAUCAAUUUCACCAAACAAGAAUGAAUCAAUCGACAAUUAGGUCGAUUAAGAAAGAAUUGAUUCAAAUGGAAAGGAAAUCUCAUGAACAAUCAAUUGACGAAUAUAAAGAAGAAAUGAUUGAACAUUUAUUAGGUAUGGAACCUAGUACCCAACCAAACUUAUCAUUAAUCCAACAACAACCAGAAAUUAAUUUAAGAAUGAGACCAUUACUAUUAGAUUUUUUAAUGGAUGUUAUUAAUAAAUUAAAUUUAUCUAAAUCAACAUUCCCAUUAACAGUUAAUUUAAUUGAUAGAUAUUGUUCAAUAAGAAUAGUUAAGAAACAACAUUAUCAAUUAUUAGGGUUAACUAGUUUAUGGAUUAGUUGUAAAAAUUUGGAUUCAAAAUUUAAAAUACCAUCAUUAAAUGAUUUAUGUAAAAUGUGUUGUAAUUGUUAUGAUAAAAAAUUAUUUUUAGAAAUGGAAAAUCAUGUUUUAAAAUCAUUAAAUUGGUUAAUUACUUGUCCUACAUUUGAUUCUUUUAUUGAAUUUUUCAUUAAUUAUGAAUAUAAUGGAGUUUUAGCUGGUCUUUUAAACUCUCAAAUUGAUGAUAUUAAUAGAAUUUCAAUUUAUAUUUGUGAAUUAAUCCAAUUUUAUCCAAAUAUCUAUUUUAAUUAUAAUUCUUCUCAAAUUGCAUUAACAAGUUUCAUUACAAGUUUAAAAAUUUUAAAUAUUAAACCUAAUUUAUCAAAUUUAUUUUCCAAGUUUGACAAAAUUUUAAAUCAAGAAAUAUUGAAUACUAAUUCUUUUAGUCAGUGUUUCAACUUAUUAAUAAAAAUAUUAAAAUGUCCUCCUCCUUCUCUUAAGUUAAAAUAUUUUAAUGAUGAUGGUAAAUAUAUUAACUUGAUGAAAAAAUUAAUUUUAUUCACUAAUGAUAAUUUAAAUUCAAAACUUGUUUGCUCAACUAAAAAUUAUACUUCUUCUGGUACUACUACUCCUAAAUUUUAUCCAACUACUCCAACCUCCAAUAAUAUUAUGGUACUAACAGUAAAUUGGCCGAAGCAAGAAAAUCCAGUUAGCUGA